AAAUCCGGUUUCUUCGUGUUUCCAUUUAGAAGGCAGAGAGUGUGUGAACUGCGGAGCAACUGCUACCCCUCUCUGGAGAAGAGACGGCACUGGGCAUUACCUGUGUAACGCCUGCGGGCUCUACCACAAAAUGAACGGUCAAAACCGACCUCUCAUUAAACCUAAGCGAAGGCUGUCAGCGGCCAGGAGAGCAGGGACUUGUUGUGCCAACUGUCAGACAACCACCACGACCUUAUGGCGACGUAAUGCAAACGGGGACCCAGUUUGUAAUGCCUGUGGACUCUACUAUAAAUUGCACAAUGUGAACAGGCCUCUGACCAUGAAAAAGGAAGGAAUUCAGACCAGGAAUAGGAAAAUGUCCAACAAAUCAAAGAAAAGCAAGAAAGGCUCUGAGUGUUUUGAGGAACUGUCCAAGUGCAUGCAGGAGAAAUCGUCUCCCUUCAGCGCUGCUGCCCUUGCUAGUCACAUGGCACCCAUGGGGCAUUUGCCACCUUUCAGCCACUCUGGACACAUCCUACCAACACCUACCCCCAUCCACCCAUCUUCCAGCAUCUCAUUCGGACAUCCACACCCAUCCAGCAUGGUUACAGCCAUGGGAUAAAACCUGAUGACCAAGAGACCCACCCAGAGAUUAAGAACAUGGGGCUUUGCCUAAGAUGACGCCAAAUAAGAAAAUGUUCUGCCAAGAGGAGAAUGUAGGGAAGGCAAAAGGGAAUCUUUGCUCCCAUGUGGUUUAACUCUUAAUGCUGGACUGAAACCUUGCAAAUGAUGGGUCUUUUGCAGAAAUGUGUAGUGGUGCCUGUAAUGCACUUUGCCCCCUCAGGUAUAAGGAAAAAGAACUCACCUGUUUGAUGCUUAAUGGUCCAGCAGGAAGCAAAAGAUGGCAGAAGCUGAAGGAAAAGGCUUGGAACUGGCUUUCCUUUCUCUCUUUGUUAUUACUGUGAAUAUUGUAAAGAGAUAUAAGCAGCCUCCCAGGAUGGAACUGGCUCACUGGAAGCCAGACAUGCUGGAUUUCUAUUGUGGACUUUGGGAUGGGGAAAAAAAGAAGAAAAAAAGGACAAAAAAAGGGACAUCUUUAUAAAACUGUAAUUUUAAAAUUCAGACACAAAGUCAUAUUUAUUUUGUUUUCCACAAAAAGCCGCAACCCCUCUGAUUGCAUGUUCUUGUGCUGUUGAUUGCAUUGGCUACUCUGUAAGAAACGCUGCCUUCAAAACAAGGAGGAGAGGGGUGAACAUACUCAACAGCCCUCUUGGAUUAGCUCCAUCUAUCUUCCAUACCAAAACUACUAGGAAAGGGGGAAAAGAUUGCGAGGGGAAGGAACAAAGCAAAAAUUUAGCCGCAAUACGGAUUUUAAUGUGCCCAAGAUGGUGAUUAUUUUGAUACAAUUUCUUCAUUC